UGAACAAACCGAAGCAGGGAAUAUUCACGUCGAGUCGCACAGGUCCUUCGGCCCGCUGAAAUGUCCAACUAAACUAGUUCGGUACCGUGCCUCGCUGAAUUUUACAAUAUAACUUGCUAUAUCCGUAUACAAUCCGCUAAAGGUUGUUCGGGCGAGUCCGUGCUAGAAGUUUAUAUCACGGUGGGAGUACGGACAUAGCACAUAUGAUUUUAUUGCUACUUGGUUGCCGAUGCUGUCUGCAAAUGCAAAUCUACCUACGGUCAAUGUAGUCCUUCAUGAUGAGGCGGCUCAGGGAAUACAGAGCAGGACUUGCACCUCGAUUCGGCCGAACCACGACAAAAUCCCUCUUGGUCAUCCGUGCAGACGGGUUCCCCUAAUCAAGGCUCGGAGCAGUAGUUUCUCUUCAAUGGCCAUUGGAUUACAGUCGCUUGCUCUUUAUGUCUCACUAACUCCAACCUCAAAUCUGGCAACUCACUCGGAAUCUGUCCGGAGACAGCUGAUGUUUGUCCUCCUCUGUCGAUCCGUAGGUCGAUUGGGAAUAUCCCAAAACAAGUUGCGCAGACUCGAGACGCCAGAUUUUCACUCCACUCUUUCGGAUGGUGGCGUUUCAACCCAACAGACGGGCGCAUGGUCGAGAGGACAUGGGGCAAGUCGAGUCGGAAUAACACUCACGUCCACAUGGCCCCCCACCUGCGCUAGCAUUGACUCGAACAGCAUCAACGUAUCGAGCUCAAACGUUCUUCCGCGAAUGGAAACAUCUCCCGAGGACCUUAGGUAGAAGUGCUCUAGCGGGCCAGCGACGACGACGAUGACGA